GGAUCACCAGGAACAGGCCACCCAGCAGGACCAGCAGAACCAGGAACACCAAGUGGUCCAGGAGGCCCAGGAGCACCAGGAGGCCCAGGAUCUAAUGGAGAGCCAGGAACACCAAGUGGUCCAGGAGGCCCAGGAGCACCAGGAGGCCCAGGAUCUAAUGGAGAGCCAGGAACACCAAGUGGUCCAGGAGGCCCAGGAUCUAAUGGAGAGCCAGGAACACCAAGUGGUCCAGGAGGCCCAGGAUCUAAUGGAGAGCCAGGAACACCAAGUGGUCCAGGAGGCCCAGGAGCACCAGGAGGCCCAGGAGGAUCAGGAGUGCCAGACGGCCCAGGAAUACCAGGCACACCAGGCCAUCCAGGCCAACCAGGUGGACCUUCACCUGGAGUGCCUGCCGGCCCAGGAAAACCAGGAGGACCAGGAUCUAACGGAGAACCAGGCUCACCAGGCGUACCAGGAGAACCAGGAACACCAGGAAACCCAGGAACUCCAGGAAGUCCAGGAAAUAAACCAUGCAAAGGCAAGCCAGGUUCGCCAGGAAGCCCAGGAUCUAACGGAGAGCCAGGAACACCAAGUGGUCCAGGAGGCCCAGGAGCACCAGGAGGCCCAGGAUCUAAUGGAGAGCCAGGAACACCAAGUGGUCCAGGAGGCCCAGGAGCACCAGGAGGCCCAGGAUCUAAUGGAGAGCCAGGAACACCAAGUGGUCCAGGAGGCCCAGGAGCACCAGGAGGCCCAGGAGGAUCAGGAGUGCCAGACGGCCCAGGAAUACCAGGCACACCAGGCCAUCCAGGCCAACCAGGUGGACCUUCACCUGGAGUGCCUGCCGGCCCAGGAAAACCAGGAGGACCAGGAUCUAACGGAGAACCAGGCUCACCAGGCGUACCAGGAGAACCAGGAACACCAGGAAACCCAGGAACUCCAGGAAGUCCAGGAAAUAAACCAUGCAAAGGCAAGCCAGGUUCAUCAGGAGGACCAGGAGUGCCAGGUGUACCAGGCACACCAGGAGGAUCAGGAGUGCCAGGGGUACCAGGUGGCUCAGGAACACCCGGAGUACCAGGCACACCAGGAACACCAGGAACACCAGGAACUGGUGGCCAACCAAGUGUCCCAGGAACUCCAGGCUUACCAGGAAAUGGUGGCCAACCAGGCUCACCAGGAGGCCCAGGUUCUAACGGAGAACCAGGCUCACCAGGAGGCCCAGGAUCUAACGGAGAACCAGGAUCACCAGGAGGCCCAGGAUCUAACGGAGAACCAGGAGGCCCAGGAUCCAAUGGAGAGCCAGGUACACCAAACGGUCCAGGAAUACCAGGAAGCCCAGGAAAUAAGCCAUGCAAAGGCAAGCCAGGUUCGCCAGGUUCAUCAGGAGGACCAGGAGUGCCAGGUGUACCAGGCACACCAGGAGGAUCAGGAGUGCCAGGGGUACCAGGUGGCUCAGGAACACCCGGAGGAUCAGGAGUACCAGGCACACCAGGAACACCAGGAACACCAGGAAGCCCAGGAACUGGUGGCCAACCAAGUGGCCCAGGAACUCCAGGCUUACCAGGAAAUGGUGGCCAUCCAGGCUCACCAGGAAAUGGUGGCCAACCAGGCUCACCAGGAACUGGUGGCCAACCAGGCUCACCAGGAAAUGGUGGCCAACCAGGCUCACCAGGCGUACCAGGAGAACCAGGAACACCAGGAAACCCAGGAACUCCAGGAAGCCCAGGAAAUAAACCAUGCAAAGGCAAGCCAGGUUCGCCAGGAGUGCCAGGGGUACCAGGUGGCUCAGGAACGCCCGGAGGAUCAGGAGUACCAGGCACACCAGGAACACCAGGAACACCAGGAACCCCAGGAACUGGUGGCCAACCAAGUGGCCCAGGAACUCCAGGCUUACCAGGAAAUGGUGGCCAUCCAGGCUCACCAGGAAAUGGUGGCCAACCAGGCUCACCAGGAACUGGUGGCCAACCAGGCUCACCAGGAAAUGGUGGCCAACCAGGCUCACCAGGCGUACCAGGAGAACCAGGAACACCAGGAAACCCAGGAACUCCAGGAAGCCCAGGAAAUAAACCAUGCAAAGGCAAGCCAGGUUCGCCAGGAGUGCCAGGGGUACCAGGUGGCUCAGGAACGCCCGGAGGAUCAGGAGUACCAGGCACACCAGGAACACCAGGAACACCAGGAAGCCCAGGAACUGGUGGCCAACCAAGUGGCCCAGGAACUCCAGGCUUACCAGGAAAUGGUGGCCAACCAGGCUCACCAGGAAAUGGUGGCCAACCAGGCUCACCAGGAGGCCCAGGAGGCCCAGGACAGCCAGGCGGCAGUGGAAAACCAUGUGGGUCACCUGGAAUCCCAGGUGCUCCAGGAACAGCAGGAUCACCAGGAAACCCAGGAUCACCAGGAAACCCAGGGUCACCAGGAAACCCAGGGUCACCAGGAAACCCAGGAAACCCAGGAUCUCCAGGUGGCCCAGGAAAGCCUGGUAAACCAGGUGAAACAGGCACACCAGGCGAGACAGCGUCACCAGGAAACCCAGGUGAGCCGGGAAAGCCGGGCUCACCAGGUAGCACGGCCACCCCAGGCGCCCCUGGUGGCGUAGCAGCACCAGGCAGCGCAGCUGGCACCGCCGCACCAGGCGCCGUGGCCGAACCAGGAGCCGUGGGCCAAGUGGGCCAAGUGGGAGGCGUCGGGCCCAACCCAAAUCCAACCAAAAAGAACUACAAGAAGACAACCAGCCAAAGCAACGAAUCAAACAGCGAAAUUUCUGACGCCAGUGGAUCAAGAUCUGUCAACGCUAAGAGCGCCGAAAGCACCCUAGAAUCGCAGAAAGGUGAUGUUCACAAGAAAGGCAGCAACCAAGCGGCCAGCAGCGAAGAGAAAAUCAAAAACAAGGACGGCACUUUCACCAACGACUCUCAAGCCGCCAGCGACGAUUUGACAGUCACAGACAAA